GACACAAACAAAAAAAGGCCGUUUAUCCGUAUAUUAAAUCAUUAAAUAGCUCGUAGUUAAGUACAGUCACUCGAAAGAAAAAUCGCUUCAUUUCAAAAUUUGAAAUUUCUCUUCAGUUUUUCCAAAAGAUGGGUUCGAUGAAACCCUCAAAUCGAUAUCCAGUUACCACCGAUUCUCGAACAUCAGCAUCUUCUCAAGUAUCUGAUCCAUCUUCAUCUACAGAUAGAUUCAAAAACCCUAACAACAACAAAUCGUUCCUCAAACAUUUCACUGGAAAAUCAAGUACUCGAAAAUCACCAGAUCUAAUUUCACCAGCCUCAAAUUUCUCUUCAAAAGCGUUGGUUAAACCUAAAGUUAAUGAUUUGGUGGGGUAUACUAACAAGGUUAAGCCUCAAGAUCAGAAUUUGAGCUCAUUAGUAAAGAAAUUUAUGGAUAAAAGGUCUUCGAAACUGAAUUCGCAGCAGAAGACAACACCUUUGGUUAUUCCAGCUGAUGUUAUUGCUGAAGAUUUGAAGAAAACAGCUGCGGCUAAAGGUUCCAAGUUUUCGACUUUUCAAAGGAAAUUGUUUCAAAAAGGAAGUUCAGGUGGGUCGGAGAAAAAGGCGUUGACGGAAGUGAAGACGAAUACAAGAACGUUAGCUAUGGUGUUGAGGAGUGAGAGGGAGUUGUUGAAUCAGAGUAAGGAAUUUGAGGGGGUGAUUACUGAGCUUAAGCUGAUUAUUGAGGGGAAGAAUAGAGAGGUGGAGAAGUUGAAGGAUUUGUGCUUGAAUCAAAGGGAAGAGAUAAAGGCAUUAAAAACUGCUAUUCUAUUCCCUGAUGUCAUGAAUUCGCAACUUCAAGAUAUUUUAGACAAGCAAGGGUCGGAGUUGAAACAGGCAAAACAAGUUAUUCCCACUUUACAGCGACAGGUUACUUCUCUUACAGGCCAAUUGCAAUGUCUUGCAAAUGGUCUUGCUGAGGUCAAGGCAGACAAAUACUCUGUCAGGGGAUGUUAUGAAGGCAAUCUAAGUUCUCCUAGAACACCAGCAUUUGAUCUAGACGCCACCAAUUCUUUGGAGUACAGUUCUGAGGAUGGAGCAAGCCCUAGUAGUCCAGAUAAUAUGUUGCACAAAGAUUUCAAUCCCUGCUCAGAUGACAUGCUUCUCAAGGAUUUGAACCCCUGCUUGACCCCUUGCUUCGCCAAGUCAAAGGAAUUUGAUGAGAUGAUGGCAUACGAUUCUCCAAAUGAGGAAGGUUUGUUUGGCAGCGACACCAAAAUGAGCAAAGAGAGUGAUUUUGAUUCUCAAGAUGGAAUUUUUUCCAAGAGUUCUGACCACUGGGGAAGACCAAGUCUAGGAGCCACUUAUGCUCGGGCAACUCGUAGGUCAGAGGAGAACAAAUGCACUUAUGGAAGGCCACUGCAUCAUAAGCUAUUUUAAAGAAAAAUCAGUUUAUGUAAUCUUAGUUAAGCUCAGUCAGUUCUAUUAAUUUUCCACUCAGUUUAUGCAGAACUCCAGUCCUUUUUUGCCUUGAAAAAGAAUAGAAAAAUCUAAACAUAAAUGUUCCAUGUACGUAGUUUUCCGAUCAUAGAAUAAAACAUCCAUGUAUUUAGUUAGUUCA